AUGAUCAAAAGCACAAGCAGCGGUAAAGAGCUGCUGGAGACUGGUCCAUCCUCAAAGGCUUGGGGUACGAAAUUUGAACGUCAAUCUUCUAGGCAGUUGAGCUUCCUCUGGAAUAGAAACUACAUUCCGUAUAAUCUAUUAUUGGUGCCGGCCUGUGCAAACCCAUCUUUGGAAAGAGGUGAUAUCUAA